AUGAAACUUGAUGCGAACAGCUUUGGCAUUUUCAACAAGCAAUCUGGCUCUGCAGUUUUUCUUGAGUACGGCGACUUCAGUGGGUUCAAGUUUCGCGUUCGAAUACCGCCGAAAACCACGACUGUGGUUGGGCUUCUCGGGAAGCCCGAUUGGGAUGCUACGAAUGAAUGGAUGGAUGCUUUUGGUAACCAGCUACCACAGCCAAUCGGAGGAGGGUACUCUAGUGAUGCCCACAUGUACGGUCAGGAGCACUGGUGUAUACGGGACAAUCGCGACUCUCUCUUUGCUUACGAAAGUGCAACGGGCUACGAAGCGUUUGGGGACUGCGAUAAACCUCCAGGAUCGUUUAACUUUACAGGUGCAGACGACAGCCUGGAAUGUCUUUGCGAUGGAAACUAUGCUUGUCAGAUGGACAGGAUCCUAUUCGGUAUUGACGCGGCUCUGGAAACUCUGGACUUUCAAGCACGUGUAUUCCAGCAGCGAGGGAUAUUGAGUUUUGCCCCCAACCAAAUACCAGCCGCAACGCCGACGGUGGUAGUCGUGACUGUUGAUUUGAGAGGAGAGGCCAACUCAACUCUCAGGACCGUAUCCUCUUUUGUGCUUUACCAAAUCAGCGUGGACAGCCGGGAGAAUACAACAGGUGCGCUGGCAGAGCUACUUGACUUCGGAUCGGGUGCCGACCUGGUUGAAGGAGACCACGUGUACUCCGGUGUAGUCAUGGUGGAUGCCAACAGCACGGUUGGUUUUCAGGCAUUGCCAGUAUUUGACGGCUCAGUCAGCACCGAUUUGGCUUUACGAACCUUCGCAGCCAUCCAGGUGGUGAAAGGUGUGGUUUCGCCAGAGAUGAAGGACUGCAAAGCUAGCACCAAUCAAUGA